AUGGCCCCCUCCCGCCCACAAGGCCGGCGGCGAACGACGCUCCUUGCCCUGGGUCUAGCGGCCAUCUUCAUCUGGCUCUUCUCCCACUAUCGGUCACACUCAGACAAACACAGUAGUCAUGUCAGCGCAGUCGCCCACGGCGAGUUCUGGCGACAGUUCCAGCCCCUAUUGAUACAAUGGGGACCCGGCUGCGAUCCCCCAGAGCGACUCGCCAAGGCAGACUCGGUCGGCUUCGACCCCCAAAACACCGAACAGCCCCCCAACCUCACUGUAAUGCCCGACGAAGACGUCCUGAAAAUGAAACACGCGCACCGCAAAUUCGUGCACGCCAUCGCCAAGGAGCCGCCAGCACUAGCCUACCAGCCCGGCACGCGGGGGAUAGUCUCGACCGCGGGCGGCUCGUAUCUACCCGUGCUGGUCAUCUCCCUGCGGAUGCUGCGCCAGACAGGGUCGGAGCUACCCAUGGAGGUCUUCCUGGCCGACUGGGACGAGUACGACGGCUACAUCUGCCAGGUAGUGCUGCCAUCGCUGAACGCCAAGUGCGUGCUGCUCUCCGAGAUCCUGGACACGGUGCCGGACAGCAAGACCAAGAUCGAGAAGUACCAGUACAAGCCGUUCGCCAUGCUCUUCUCGUCGUUCGAGGAGAUCCUCUUCCUGGACGCGGAUGCGUUCCCUCUCCAGAAGCCGGAGCAGGCCUUCACCAGCGAGCCCUUCACGUCCAAGGGUCUGAUCACCUGGCCGGAUUUCUGGGGCCCCACGGCCUCGCCGCUGUACUACACCAUCUCGGGGCAGGAAAGACCGCCACCGAAUAUCCGGCAGUCGACGGAGUCGGGCGAGGUGUUUAUCUCGAAGCGCUCGCAUCUCCAGACCCUGCUGCUCGUCGCCUACUACAACUACUGGGGUCCCGGGUACUACUACCCGCUGCUCUCGCAGGGCGCGGCCGGCGAAGGCGACAAGGAGACCUUCCUGGCGGCUGCGACGGUCCUCGACGAACCCUUUUACCAGGUCAGUGAGCCCAUCCGCGCGCUGGGCCGACACACGAACGAUGGAUUCGCCGGCUCGACCAUGGUUCAGUAUAGCCCGAUGGAGGACUACGCCUUGACGAAGAAGGGCGAGUGGCGCAUCAAGGGGGCCCGCGUGCCGCCGCCGAAACCGUUCUUCGUGCAUAUCAACUUCCCCAAGUUCAAUCCCGCCACGGUGUUCGCGGAGAACGGGCCCGUGCUGAAGGAGGAUGGCAGUUAUACGCUGGCGUGGACGGCGCCUGAGGAGGUGAUUGAGUCGUUUGGGCCGGAUCUGCAGCGGCGGCUGUGGGGGGAGAUUCGGUGGACGGCUUGUGCGCUCGAGGGCAAGAGUAUUAGCUGGAAGGGGCAGACGGGGAUCUGUGAAAAGGUGGAUGAUUACUGGAAUACCAUCUUCCGUUAA